AGGACACUUUUUCUUUUAAAGUCAUGGGGAUAUUCGAUCUGGUUCUCCAGUCCUGCAGCUCUACCUCCCUGUUUGGGGCUCUGUUGGUCCUGCUGCUCCUCUACCUUGUCUCCUCUUCCAGCUUCAGCUCCCAGGAGGACAGGAAGGAACCUCCAGGACCAACACCACUUCCCCUACUCGGGAACCUGCUGCAGCUUGACCUCAAGAGACCCUACAUCACACUACUGAAGCUUUCCAAGAAAUAUGGAUCAGUGUUCACCUUCUAUUUGGGACCCGAAAAAGUGGUGGUCCUUGCUGGAUACAAGACAGUGAAGGAGGCACUUGUCAAUCAUGCUGAAGAGUUUGGAGACAGACAACCAAUGCAAAUUGCAACUGACUAUAAUAACGGACAUGGGGUUAUAUGGUCCAACGGGGAUUCGUGGAAAGACAUGAGGCGCUUUGCUUUGACGAACCUGAGAGACUUUGGGAUGGGAAAGAGGGCAUGUGAGGACAAAAUCAUUGAGGAAUGUGACCAACUCAUUCAAGUGUUUAAGAAACAUAAAGGAGAAGCUUUUGAUACAACCCAACCAAUAAACUACGCAGUCUCCAAUAUUAUCUGCUCCAUUGUGUAUGGCAACAGAUUUGAAUAUGAUGAUCCAGAGUUUACAUCCCUGGUAGAUCGAACAAACAGAAACAUUCAACUUCUGGGCUCCCCGUCAGUACAGUUGUAUAACCUGUUCCCAUGGAUCGGUAAAUGGCUUGCCGACAAAAAAGAAAUCCAUAGUUUGUUGUCCGCUAACAAAAAACAGAACAUGCAGCUGUUCAGUCGUCUGAAGGAGACCCUCAACCCACAGAUGUGCAGAGGCUUUGUGGACGCAUUUCUAGCCCGAAAGCAAAAUCUGGAGGAAUCUGGGAUUACCAACAGUCAUUUCCACAAUGACAACCUUAUGCAGACAGUUCUCCAUCUCUUUGCUGCUGGCACUGACACAACAGCAACCACACUGAGAUGGGGACUUCUUUUUAUGGCCAAGAAUCCAAAAAUACAAGACCAGGUCCAGGAGGAGGUGAGCAGGGUGAUAGGAAGUCGUCAAGUGCAGGUUGAAGACAGGAAGAACCUGCCCUUCACCGACGCCGUCAUCCAUGAGACACAGAGACUGGCCAGCAUCGCCCCCAUGGCAAUUCCUCACAAAACGAGCCAAGACACCACUUUCCAGGGUCACUUCAUUAAGAAGGGAACCACAGUAUAUCCUCUCUUGAUAUCUGUCCUGUAUGAUGAGACUGAGUGGGAGAAGCCGCACAGCUUUUAUCCUGCUCACUUCCUGGACAAAGACGGGAAAUUUGUCAAGCGAGACGCCUUCAUGCCUUUUUCUGCAGGCCGCAGAGUUUGUCUCGGGGAGAGUCUGGCCAGGAUGGAGCUCUUCCUCUUCUUCACCACCUUCCUGCAACAUUUUCAUUUCACUCCCCCUCAUGGAGUGUCAGAGGAUGAGCUGGAUCUGACUCCUCGCGUGGGCUUCACCCUCAACCCUUCACCCCACAAACUGAGGGCCGUUCCCUGUAUGUGAGCAGCUGCCCGCUUGGCCCACUGUCAUGACUUCAACUCAGUUACGGUCAAGAGAGCAGAUUAUUAUUUGAACAUCGUUAUAUUGUAGGUAGUGCAACAGCACUGAAUAUGUUCAACAUCAAUCAUGUAAGAAGCAUGACUCGUUAUAAAUGCAGAUCAGACCAAGUAAAGGGUUAGUUCUUUUGCUGGGCCUCAAACAUAAUUUGGAUUGACAGCAGAUCAACGAUUCAACGUUGGAGCCAAAAAUCAAACUAAGCCUUCAAAACAGAAUUAAAGACUUAUUUUUAUAGCUGUAAAAUACUGUCAGCCUCCUGAAAUCUAUGUGCUGACCUCGAACAUGAGGAAGUGUAGAGCUUGAAGAUUUAAAAAGUAGUUUAACAGUACUGAAUCACUCAUG